GUGUCGCGGGCUCGCUGUGAGGGCAGCGGCCUCUGAGGCGGCGCUGAGGGGAGGUGGCGGGCGGCGCCUUCCCGCCCUUCACCAACGGCCGGGGCCGGGGCCGGGGCGGGCCGCGGCUGCGCGUGGCGGCCGUGGCGGAGCCAUGGCGCUGUGUGGGGCCGUCAUGGGCGGCCGGGGCGCUCCCCUCCUGGGGCUGCUGCUGCUGGGGAAGCCGGCUUUCUCCACAACACGCGUCGCUUGCGGGAAGAACAGGCGGCUGAGGCAAAAAAGAGCCAUUUCGGAAAGGAAACUGACACGCUAUUUUGUGGAUCACCGGAGAGUGCGUGUGGUUGGAGGACAAGGAGGAGACGGCGGUCAUUCCUUUUAUAGUGAACCUCGAAAAAUAUUUGGAGGUCCUGAUGGUGGAAAUGGGGGUGAUGGAGGUCACGUUGUUUUGAAAGCUGACCAGCAAAUGAAAUCGCUUUCCUCAGUCCUCCCUUUCUAUCAGGGUGUUCAUGGAGGGAGAGGAGGAAGCAAAAACUGUUACGGAGCCAAUGGUGCAAGCGUGUAUGUUAAGGUCCCUGUAGGUACAUCGGUUAAGGAGGACGGGGUAGUUGUGGCUGACCUCACGCAACAUGGUGAAGAGUACGUUGCAGCUUACGGAGGAGCUGGAGGGAAGGGGAAUCGCUUUUUUCUUUCCAAUGAAAACAGAGCUCCGAUGUUAUUCACUCCAGGAGAGCCAGGUCAGGAAAGGGUGCUCCAUUUGGAACUGAAGACAACAGCUCAUGCAGGACUGGUGGGCUUUCCCAAUGCUGGGAAAUCAUCGCUGUUGCGAGCCUUGUCCAACGCGAAGCCAGCGGUGGCUGCCUACCCAUUCACAACCCUCAACCCCCACGUUGGCAUUGUCCACUAUGAAGACUACGAACAAGUGGCAGUUGCUGACAUUCCUGGCCUCAUAAGGGGUGCUCAUCAAAACAGGGGCCUCGGGGUGGCCUUCCUAAGGCACAUCGAACGAUGCCGCUUUCUCUUGUAUGUGGUGGAUCUCUCUGUGCCUCGGCCGUGGAUUCAGCUGCAAGACUUAAAAUAUGAACUGGAACAAUACAAAAAGGGAUUGUCGGAGAGGCCGUGUGUUGUCAUUGGGAAUAAAAUUGACCUUGCUCAGUCCAGGAUUAAUCUCCCACUCCUUAAAGAGCAGAUAGAUGACCGGGUCAUUGCGCUGUCUGCAUUGACAGGAGACAACCUAGAGGAACUGUUGUUGCAUUUGAGAGAACUGUAUGACAUUUAUGUGAAGACAGAACAAUCACAAGGGCAAAGGCCAGUCAAGUGGUAGGACACAGAACUACUAUGAACUGUACUGGAAGGAAGAAGUCAUUUGGUUAGAUAAUGUCUGUGUUUUUUUGUUUUUUUUUCUCCUUGUUGUAUUUUGUUUGUUUUUAAUGCAUUGGACACAGCUUGUCGAUAUGUUUUGGAGUGCUUCAUUGGAAAGUUUUUUUUUUUUUUUUUUUUCCACCUCUGAGGUGUGUCUCAAAUGUUUUCCAACAAAGUUUGAAAGUUUUAAUCAUGCUGGAAAUUCAUUUGGAAACUAGGAUUUUGUUUGGCAUUAGGUAGUUAAUUGUGGAAAUAAAAGAAUAUCUGGUGGAAAUUACUGAAAUUCACAAGCUGCAGGGUAUGUUGGCUGGCUGGCUGAAUUGGAGUGAUGUGAAGACUCAAUUUGUGUUUGUCAAAGAUUCUAAAAUAAAAAUAAGGUGGUUCUUCGUGUCUAUCUCUGUACCACGACUACUUUCAGUUGUCUCAAACUCUUCCAUUUUUUCCCCCUCAGAGGAGGAAGUACAGGUGCUUACCAUCUUGGAGGAGGAAUGUGGUGAAACAGCUGCAAUUAAUGAUUGACAUUAUUUCCUCAUUAGCAUAAAUAACUAUCUUUAAAUGCUGGCAGCAGGUAAAUAGCUGUAUAAACUAGCCACAGAACACUCAUCUGAGACUCAGUUCUGAGCUCUCUAGUUUCCUUGAGGAAUCUUCAGUAACGAUCUGAGGAGUCUUAGGCUUAGAUACUCCAAAUAAAAAAACAAUACAGUACUUUCA